CUUAGCCCCACCCACCUUUUGUUCCCCCUGGCGCCCAGUCUCACCUAUUUCAAACUCUUUCCUUGUUUUGUACUAGUCGCGCGCAGUCUUUGGCCUUCUCAUCUUUGGCCAUCUCAUCUUUCUCGCAGCCUAAGGCACCUGGAGACCAAAUCAACCCCCAACCUUGCAACCCUCCUGGGACUCAGGCAGAAACUGGGCAUGCUCAGAGGCGCGGGCAGCUUUCAGUCUUUCCGAGGCGCGGCUCAGCGCUGGGCAGGGACCCGCGUGCCAGUUCAGUUCGGGCUUCAGCACCCACCUCAGCUGAACCCAGGGAUCCGAGCUGCUCCCUGAGGCUAAAUCUACACCCUUAGAUGGUUCAUUCUCAAUCUUCAACCUGCUGAGCGCCAACAGAGCUUACAAAUAAUCCUCAUUAAGGAACUGUUUUCCCACCUGUCUUUUCCUUGCAGCUAAGGGUCGUUUAGCUACUGCGGCGCGAGGAGCUCAACCCUGUGGCUGGUGGCCUUAGAGAUCACCUUCCCCGAGUAGCUGUUUGUCACUGAGUUUUGGAGAUUUCUUGGCUGGCUUCCGUUAAAGCAUGCUUGAGUAAUCCGAGCUGUGGCGGCGCCCAAGCUAUCGGGAUAAAGGGAGCGUGUGUGUGUGUGUGUGUGUGUGCGUGCGUGUGUGUGUGUGUUAGGGGGAGAGGGCGGAGAUAGAAACGUCAAGCCCCCCCUCCCCGACCCCCAGCCUCCUUUUCUUUCUCUCCUUCCUGCAAAAGCUGCACAAGUAUUCCAUCCCCCCCUCAGCCACCCUCACUGCUCUGGGCAACCGCCAGGUUAAGCCCAUUUGCACUGAGAAAUUGGCGCCGUUUGGGAGAAGAGAAACAGAUCGAUUGCCCUUGUGACUCCCCGCCCCCUUCCCACCCCACCCCCACCGCUCCCUCCCUCUUUUCCUCCCCCGCCACCUCCCCUCACCCCGCCUCCUUCCCGCUCCCCACCCCCAAACCCUCUCACCCGCGGCAGUCCGGUGCGAGGCCCCCUCCGGAAGGUGAGGGGAAUGGAUUGGACUCCGGUGGGGAAAGCGGGUGUCUAGAAGUGGUGCUAAUGGGAAGAGAAUUCUGGUUUCAAAAGAGGAUGCUCCGCCACAAAGAGCGGCUCGCGCGCUGGCCUGGGCUCUAGCCGAGGAGAGAUCCCGGGAGAACUCCAGAGCUCCGGGGGAGCGCUCCUCGGAAGACCGGGGCCAACAUGCCUGUGCGCAGGGGGCAUGUGGCACCACAAAAUACAUUUCUGGGGACCAUCAUUCGGAAAUUUGAAGGGCAAAAUAAAAAAUUUAUCAUUGCAAAUGCCAGAGUGCAGAACUGUGCCAUCAUCUAUUGCAACGAUGGGUUCUGUGAGAUGACUGGUUUCUCCAGGCCAGAUGUCAUGCAAAAGCCAUGCACCUGCGACUUUCUCCAUGGCCCUGAGACCAAGAGGCAUGAUAUUGCCCAAAUUGCCCAGGCAUUGCUGGGGUCAGAAGAAAGGAAAGUGGAGGUCACCUAUUAUCACAAAAAUGGGUCCACUUUUAUUUGUAACACUCACAUAAUUCCAGUGAAAAACCAAGAGGGUGUGGCUAUGAUGUUCAUCAUUAAUUUUGAAUACGUAACAGAUGAUGAAAAUGCUACUUCUCCACAGAGGGUAAACCCAAUCUUACCAGUCAAAACUGUAAACCGGAAAUUUUUUGGGUUCAAGUUCCCUGCUCUGAGAGUUCUCACUUACAGAAAGCAGUCCUUACCACAAGAAGACCCCGAUGUGGUGGUCAUCGACUCAUCUAAGCACAGUGAUGAUUCAGUAGCCAUGAAGCACUUUAAGUCUCCUACAAAAGAAAGCUGCAGCCCCUCUGAAGCAGAUGAUACAAAAGCUUUGAUACAGCCCAGCAAAUGUUCUCCCUUGGUGAAUAUAUCCGGACCUCUUGACCAUUCCUCUCCCAAAAGGCAAUGGGACCGACUCUACCCUGACAUGCUACAGUCAAGUUCCCAGCUGUCCCAUUCCAGAUCAAGGGAAAGCUUAUGUAGUAUACGAAGAGCCUCUUCAGUUCACGAUAUAGAAGGAUUCAGCGUCCACCCCAAGAACAUAUUUAGAGACCGGCAUGCCAGUGAAGACAAUGGUCGCAAUGUCAAAGGGCCCUUUAAUCAUAUCAAGUCAAGCCUCCUGGGAUCCACAUCGGAUUCAAACCUCAACAAAUACAGCACCAUUAACAAGAUUCCACAGCUCACUCUGAAUUUUUCAGAUGUCAAGACUGAGAAAAAGAAUUCAUCUCCUCCUUCUUCAGAUAAAACCAUUAUUGCACCCAAGGUUAAAGAUCGAACACACAAUGUGACUGAGAAAGUGACCCAGGUUCUCUCUUUAGGAGCAGACGUCCUACCCGAAUACAAACUGCAGACACCACGCAUCAACAAGUUUACGAUAUUGCACUACAGCCCUUUCAAGGCAGUCUGGGACUGGCUUAUUCUAUUGUUGGUCAUAUACACUGCUAUAUUUACUCCCUACUCUGCAGCCUUCCUCCUCAAUGACAGAGAAGAACAGAAAAGACGAGAAUGUGGCUAUUCUUGUAGCCCUUUGAAUGUGGUAGACUUGAUUGUGGAUAUUAUGUUUAUCAUAGAUAUUUUAAUAAACUUCAGAACAACAUAUGUAAAUCAGAAUGAAGAAGUGGUAAGUGAUCCCGCCAAAAUAGCAAUACACUACUUCAAAGGCUGGUUCCUGAUUGACAUGGUUGCAGCAAUUCCUUUUGACUUGCUGAUUUUUGGAUCUGGUUCUGAUGAGACAACAACAUUAAUUGGUCUUUUGAAGACUGCUCGGCUACUUCGUCUGGUGCGCGUGGCCAGGAAACUGGAUCGAUAUUCAGAAUAUGGCGCUGCUGUUCUAAUGCUCCUAAUGUGCAUAUUUGCCCUGAUUGCUCACUGGCUGGCUUGCAUUUGGUAUGCGAUUGGGAAUGUAGAAAGGCCUUAUCUGACUGACAAAAUCGGAUGGUUGGAUUCCUUAGGACAACAAAUUGGGAAACGUUACAAUGACAGUGACUCAAGUUCUGGACCAUCCAUUAAAGACAAAUACGUCACAGCACUUUAUUUUACCUUCAGCAGUUUAACCAGUGUAGGAUUCGGGAAUGUAUCUCCUAACACGAAUUCGGAGAAAAUCUUUUCAAUUUGUGUCAUGUUGAUUGGCUCACUAAUGUAUGCAAGCAUUUUUGGGAAUGUAUCUGCAAUAAUUCAAAGACUAUACUCGGGAACUGCCAGGUACCACAUGCAGAUGCUGAGAGUAAAAGAGUUCAUUCGCUUUCACCAAAUCCCCAACCCUCUGAGGCAACGUCUUGAAGAAUAUUUCCAGCAUGCAUGGACUUACACCAAUGGCAUUGACAUGAACAUGGUCCUAAAGGGUUUCCCAGAAUGCUUACAAGCUGACAUUUGUCUACAUCUCAACCAGACAUUGCUGCAAAACUGCAAAGCCUUUCGGGGGGCAAGUAAAGGUUGCCUCAGAGCUUUGGCAAUGAAGUUCAAGACCACCCAUGCACCUCCAGGAGACACCCUCGUUCACUGUGGGGAUGUCCUCACUGCACUUUAUUUCUUAUCCAGAGGCUCCAUUGAAAUUCUCAAAGAUGACAUUGUGGUGGCUAUUCUGGGAAAAAAUGAUAUAUUUGGAGAAAUGGUUCAUCUUUAUGCCAAACCUGGAAAGUCUAAUGCAGAUGUAAGAGCCCUCACAUACUGUGACUUGCAUAAGAUUCAGCGAGAAGACUUGCUAGAGGUUUUGGAUAUGUAUCCUGAGUUUUCCGAUCACUUUCUAACAAACCUAGAGUUGACUUUCAACCUAAGGCAUGAGAGUGCAAAGGCUGAUCUCCUACGAUCACAGUCCAUGAAUGAUUCUGAAGGAGACAACUGUAAACUACGGAGAAGGAAACUGUCAUCUGAAAGUGAAGGAGGGAGAGAAAACAGUACAAAUGAUCCUGAAGACUCUGCAGAUACCAUAAGACAUUAUCAGAGUUCCAAGAGACACUUUGAAGAAAAAAAAAGCAGAUCGUCAUCUUUCAUCUCCUCCAUUGAUGAUGAACAAAAGCCGCUCUUCUCAGGAAUAGUAGAUUCUUCUCCAGGAAUAGGGAAAGCAUCUGGGCUCGAUUUUGAAGAAACAGUGCCCACCUCAGGAAGAAUGCACAUAGAUAAAAGAAGUCACUCUUGCAAAGACAUCACUGACAUGAGAAGCUGGGAACGAGAAAAUGCACAUCCCCAGCCUGAAGACUCCAGUUCAUCUGCACAGCAGCGAGCUGCCUGGGGUAUCUCUGAAACCGAAAGUGACCUCACAUAUGGGGAAGUGGAACAAAGAUUAGAUCUGCUUCAGGAACAACUUAACAGGCUGGAAUCCCAAAUGACCACUGACAUCCAGACCAUCUUACAGUUACUGCAGAAACAAACCACUGUGGUCCCCCCAGCCUACAGUAUGGUUACAGCAGGAGCAGAGUAUCAGAGACCCAUCAUCCGGCUGAUGAGAACCAGUCAACCGUUAGCAUCUAUCAAAACUGACCGAAGUUUCAGCCCAUCCUCACAAUGUCCUGAAUUUCUAGACCUUGAAAAAUCUAAACUUAAAUCCAAAGAAUCCCUUUCAAGUGGGGUGCAUCUGAAUACAGCUUCAGAAGACAAUUUGACUUCACUUUUAAAACAAGACAGUGAUCUCUCUUUAGAGCUUCAUCUGCGGCAAAGAAAAACGUACCUUCAUCCAAUUAGGCAUCCUUCUUUGCCAGAAUCAUCCCUAAGCACUGUAGGAAUCUUGGGUCUUCAUAGGCAUGUUUCUGAUCCUGGUCUUCCAGGGAAAUAAUUCAUUUUGUACUAUUUACUCCACAUACAAUGUAAGUGCUUUUAAUGGCUGUUUUCCUUUUUCUAUUUAAAUCCUCUCUACUUGACUCAGGGGCUCACAAGUUACCACUAUAUGCAAAAGUACUGUAUAUUUUCCUAAAUUGAAGCUUGUAAGGUAAAAUUGAGCAGUUAGGAUGUAAAUAUACAUAAGAACUUUUGGUUCCAAAUGUUAAAACUGCCAGCAUCUCAUGGCACCUUAUUUUUUAUUUUUAUUUUUUAAAUCACAUGCAUGUUAGGAAACUCCAAUUUCUCUUGCAUGGAGACUCCUAUUUACUGCUUUUACUAAACCGGUACUUUGAUAUGAAAAUGCCUUCCAUGCAAAUAAGAAACCAAGGGAUAAAUCUGUUCUUGGAUGCAACUCAGAUUCAGAUGAUCCUCAACUCAUGGGAAUUCCAGGGGGAUAAAAGGAACUUAGUCACUUUUGCAAACAAAUUCAGGUCAUUCUGUAUCAAGAUGUGUAAAGUUACAUUCAUUCCUCCACACUGGAAGAAAAAAUACAAAGUUUGAUUUAUAAACCUCUCACAGUAUAGGAAGCCAUCUCCAAAUACUAAACAUAGGCCAAAUUAAUGAGAACAAAGGUCUUUCUAUUUAAAAUUUUGUCACUAAUUACAUUCACAAACCAUCUAAAGUAUUUUCCACUGGCACAUUUCCUAGAAGGCUUAAAAACACAUUUCUCAUUUUGCUUUAUUGGGGGGUGGUCUCCUUAAGAACUGCUAAACUGUAACCAACAUAAACUGAUAUCCACGGCUUUCUUGUGAUUCAAAUUUUAAAGAAAUCCCGAAUUUGAUCAAAAUAAUGAAUGUACAGCCUGGGCAACAUGGCAAAAACCCAUCUCUACAAAAAAUUUUUAAAAAUUAGCUGGGUGUGGUAAUUCACACCUAUAAUCCCACCUACUUGAGAGAUUUGGGUGGGAGGAUGGGUUGAGCCUAAGAGGUCAAGAGUGCAGGAGGCUUUGAUCACACCACUGCACUCCAUUCUGGACAAUAAAGUGAGACCCCCGUCUCAAAAAACAAACAAAAAAUAGUGGACAUACAUAGUUUUCAAAGAAUGUAUGAUUUCAGUGGGUUUGCAUGGCAAAACUAGCUUCCAUUAAAUAUAUGUUAUUCGAUGUGUACUUCCAGCUAUGGAAAAAGUGUGCCUAGAAGGAAAAUGUACAUAACAUCAGUAAAAUUUCAGUUUUUAGUUAUUCGAACACUUUUGCCAAUUGAAAAAUUAAACAAAAAUAUAUUAUGCAUGGAUUAAAAUGAAUAUAUAUUGACCUCAGAAUAUCAGAACAUACAAUGAAAUAUAUCGUUCAAUUAAAAUAUCUUCAACUGUUAGAUUUUUUUGUGGGGAGCAUAUGUCUCUCAUAAAAUUAAGGUGAAGAAAAUGUUACAAUUUAAGAUUAUGGUCAGUCAAGUUCUAGUUAAGAAAUUUUAUUUUUCAAUUUAAAAAUUAUGAACUCUGAUCCAUUAUAUCUUUUCUUUCAGAACAAAAAUAUUUAAAUUUAUUGGAAGUUUCUUAGUCCAUUAAGAACAUUUUAUCUGUGCAGAUUAAAUGGGUGAAUUUCUAUCCCUUCAGGAUUUCCAACUUUGACACGGAUCUGUUAAUCAGCUUCAAAUGCAAGCUAUUUAUUUAAAUUUACAAAAACUAUUGUACUGUUUAAAGUGUGAUUAAUGUGACCUUAGAUUGCCCCCUGCAUGUUUUUAAAUGGUCACAUAAAUUGGUAAUCCAUGUGGAAGGCAAUCUGUAAGCACAAACUUGUUCUUACUCCUGCUUAAUUUUUGAAAAACCAAAACAUAAAUGUUCAAGUGGAUUAUGCAAAAUGACCAGUCAAUUCAAAUAUAUACUAUUAUACAAAAGGGUAAAUAAUUAUAACCAGUUUCCCAAAUUAUUUGGUGUUAUGCAGAUACAAACUUAGGGGCUAACUGAUGCUUUCAGUUCCUCAUUCAACAAACAUUCAGUGGGUGCCUAGCAGGGAAGAGAAGUCCCAUUAAUGGCUAACUCUGAUUCAGAGGACUAUUUUGGGAUUUUGUUUCCAUACUGGGACACAUUUUUGCAGCUGCAGCAAAUUUCAUAAGGAUUGCCAGCCUAAGUUCCAAUAACAUUCAGAAUGAAUUCACCAGACAAUGUUCAUUUACAGGGAGAGAGGAAUUUGGCAGGUGAGGUAUUGAAAUCUGAUUGAUUAAUGAAUGCCUCAGCUGCAACAUUUGGUAUGACAUGAAUAAAAUCCAGCCUUCCACAUAAAACUUCUGUUUAUAUUUAUGAAAACUAAGCAUGAAGAAAUAGGAAGAUGGGGAAUGGUGUGCAAGCAUCCAGUUUGUUUAAAUUCUAGCACAACACAAACCUUUUUCUUCAUCCCUUCACAUAAUUGCUUAUAUUAAAAUCUUAACCCUCAGAGAAUUGGACAGGAUUAGGAAGGUCUCUUCCUACAGGACAUUAGCUUAAAAAGAGCCUGAGCAAUAUAAAGAUGGGAUUAGUGGGCAUUAAUGUCAGAAGACUCAAUGGCUAAAGUGACUUAUAGAUGACCAAAGCAAUUAUCUUGAUGUACAAAAUUCAUACCCUUUCCCAGCCAAAGAUCUAAUGUCUAAAUGUACUAUCAUCUCCCACCCUUUGUUGGCUCUCCAUCUAGGGAUCAUGCUGAGGCCAGGUCAACUGCUGCAGCCAAUCAUAAUUGCAGUGUACCAAAUGCUUUCCUUCUAGGUAAUUAGAAGCACCAACAUAACACCUUUUGCUUUCCUCCUAAACCUGAUGUUACCUAGUCCCCUGGCCUAAAUAAAAUGUCAUUUAAAAUCUAAAGUUUGUUUGGAUCAGAUGCUCUCCUGCUGUUAUUAAUUGCCGGGCAGAGCUGAAACUUAGACUUACCAUUCUCCCCCAUAGGGAAGUCACAUUCUUUAAUUAAUUGAGAAAACCAGGAAUAAUAAAUGAUGAAGCAAUGUUCUCAUGGGGUUUUUAAAUUAAUAAUAACUCAUUCAACAAACAUAGGAAGGCAGGGGGCAGAUUUGGGACAGAAUAGUUUCUUAAGUCCAUUAUACUGUACUGGUCAUCACAGCAGAACUAUCUUACUCUUCUAGUCAGAAGUAUGGAAAGUAGGUCAGGGCAUUUGGGGUCAGGUUUAAUAUGUUUGUGUAAGAGUUGCUUACAAGGUCCUUUUGCAGGUUGAACUUUAGCAAAUGUUUCUAAAAUGACUAGAAAACAAAUGUUCUUAUCCAAAUGUCAUUUUCAAACCCCAUCAUAUAUUAUCUAAUGAUAAAAUGUAUCACCUUAUUAGCAUAUCUAAAAUAAUUAUCAUUAAAUAACAGCAUCUUUUCUCUAAACUACUUUUGUGAUUAAAAACAAUUCUGCAACAUUAACUUAUAACUUAAUAUUGUAGAGUCUUUAAAGUUCUUAUCUAUGGCUAAAACAAAAAAUAAAUAAAUAAAUGUAAGUAAAUUAUUUAUAAAAAUCAAAGUUUUUAUAAAUUAUCAAAAAAUCAAGUUAUAUUUUUACAGUAAAACAAGCAUGUCUCUAUCACGUGAGUUUGAAGAGGCACUAGACGAUAGGAUGAUAUAGGACAGUGGUCAUCAAAGUGUGGUCCACCAACCAACAGUACUAGCAUCACCUGGGGACUUGGCAGAAAUGCAUGUCCUUGGCCUCACCCCAGAUCUACUAAAUCAGAAACUUUAGGGGUGGGAUCCAGCAAUUAUCUUUUAACAAGCCCUCUCUGACAUGAUCCUUACACACACUAAAAAUUUGAGAAUUAGCAAUAUAGAAGAGCAAGCAUAGAUUCUGCAGUCAGACCAACUUGGGUUCCAAUACCAGUUAUUUAUCAAUAGCUGUGUGACUGAGCAAGUUAAUUCACCUCCCCAAGUCUUUUUCUUGAAUCUCCAAAAAUAAGAUAAUGGUACCUGUCUCACAGAAGCUUGAGGAAGAAAUGAGAUAAAAUAUAGUAAAGUGCCUGGCACAUACUAGGUGCUAAAAGAAAUGCUGGGUUCCUUGUUCCUCAUCCAGAAACAUGGCAUUAAAAACAGUCAGGAGAACAAUUUCCCAAGAUUUAGAUUUUGCACAAUGUGCAGUAUCUCAAAAAAAAAAAAAAAGCUGUUACCAAGAUAAGUUUUUGAUUCAGAAAAACCUACAUAUAGCUGUUGUUUUCUCUUAAUUGUAUUUUGCACUAUUAGGUUUAUAGCUUUAAAGUAAUACUAUUUAUAAUAAUAGUGAGAGUAUCAAUCUUAUAAACAUAUCUACUCUGAAUCGAUGUUACAUGCCAAGUAUGUGAAAGUAAUCUGUCGAUCAGUACUACUAGAAUGUAUUCUAUAAAGGCUGGCUCACUGUGGAAGUCCCUUUUUAGAUCUAUGAUUUAGUCCUUAGAUGGAUAUCUGAAAAUGCAUUUACAAAAUACAAUUUUGAAAGUAAAUAUAUUAUCUAUUUUUACAGAAAAUAGAAUUUUACAGUUGCAAUGGUUCUUUUCAGACUCCUAGGUCACUCAUCCAUUGCACAGAUACGUUACACAGUCUUAAACUGGCUAAGCUCUUGUGUGGAAUGGUGGAAAUGGCAGGGGACUCAAUGUGGUAAACCUGAACUCAAAUUCUACCUUCUCCAUUUAUUCUUGGGACAAACCCAAAGCAAGCUCCAGUAUCCAAAAUUAUAAAAAUGGAGGUAGCAUCUAACAUAUCUUGAAGGGGUAUGUUGAGGAUCCUCUGAAAUAUAUAGUAGAAAUGCUUUGUAAACCAUAAAGCACGUUAUUUCUUCUUACAGUAAAUCUAUAAGAUCAUUGUGUGACUUGUGCAUCAUCACAAAGAUAGUGAAAUAUGGUGGUAGUGCAGUAGCACUAUUUAAGGUCUUCUAAAACAUUUCUGUUGCUCUUUCCUUUACCCAGCACAUACACUCAUAUUGUAUAACAAAAAUUGAUAAAGUCAUUUUCACAUACCUCCCAAAGAUCUAGUUGCUCAGAGCAGAACGCCAGUAUACAAGCAUCCUUAUAUUUGUCAAAUAUUGCCUUUGUCCACCAUUCAAUAGUUUAUACGUUUGCAUUCCGGUUUUUUCUAGGUUUGCAAUAGCUCAUCCUUCUUUCCCUCAUUCCUCAAGUGUUCCCAUUCAAAUUUUUUUCUGUGGUUCUACUUACAAUGAUGUGAUGUUAAACCACUUUUCAAACUUAAAGGAUCAUGUUUUAAAUGUACAGUAUUAAGUGUUGUGAUUGAUCAGUGCCCGAGUACAAUAAUUCAUCACAUGCAUUUGUGGCAGAAACACAUUUUGGUUAAAUGUCAAAUACAAAAAAAUAACAGAAAGACAUGAAUUAUUAAUAAACAAAAGCAUGAAAAGAAACUACUGUGAGGCUUAUAUAUACAAACUGUUACAUGGAGAUUGAGAGAUGACUAACAAGAAGUUAUUUAAAACAUGUUAUUACUAUGAAUACAUUAAAACAUCUAUAGAAAUGCAAUUUUCAGAACACAGAACCAUACAAUCAAUUGACAAAUUUCAUUGCUCUACCAUUCGUGAUCAAACUUUUAAAUGAGAAUAGCAAGAUUACAGAAAAACUCCCAAUAAAACAGUACUUAUUAUGAGAAGUGGCAAGACUAACGUAGUUAUUCUUGGAAAGCUAAUGUCAAAAAUUAGAUAAAUCCCCUAAAUUAUAGUCACUACAUCUUUGACUUCCAUUAAUUUAUAUUUUGAAAGAUGUAAAAUAAUUUGGUAUACCUGUGGUUUUAAAGCACUAUGUUUAACCUAUAUUCUUUGUACUUCCUCUUGUAUAUUUUAAUGUUUUUAUAUGGAAAAUACAACUGUUAGCAUUUAAACUGUAUUAUUUAUACUGACAUAUAUUGCUUAGCUAUAUAAAAAAUUCCACAUUUUCAUCAUUCUUAUUUUGGGGAAAAUUAAAGGCUCAGUAAUCUUUGCUCCUCAAAGGCCCCUAUAAAGGCACUGAAAUGAUAUGGCAUCUUUCUUCCAAAUGUUAAAUAAGAUUAUAAAUCUUGAGGAUUCUUUAGUUUUUAUCUCCUAGCCACCUACUGAUUUCAAUUAAAGGCAUAUUACCUCUUUUUAGCUGAAAUUUUCAUUUUAUAAUUUUGGUGGGAAAAUGUAUUACAUCGGAAUGUUUACCAGUUAAAGAAUAAUACAUUUCCAAAAAGAAUGUGUGUAAUCACUUGAAAAUGUCAGUCAUCUGAUACAAAGCAGCUCACAUCUGGCUAAGUAGGAAGUACCUUGGAAUGCUUUAUACGAAAUGAAACAAUCUACCAAAACACAUACUAUUUCCUAGUUUUUAUGCACAUAAUGUAGCAUGAAAUCAUAAUGCUUUUGAAAUAUUCUGUGCAGAAAUAUUUAUUUUUUAGCAACUAUUUUCUUCAAAGAUUGAUAUGUGGUAUUGACAGUGUAAUCUACUUGCACAACUAGUUUUGCAAUAAGCUUCUACAGAUAACUGUAAAUAAGAAAAAUGUACAUUUCAUGUAAAAAUGGUUGCAAAUUUUUGGUAGCUAAAAGAAGUGUACAAGUUGUAUUGAAAACAUAUAUACAUAAUUUAAGAAUGAGCAUAUAAUUUCUGAUCUAUUUAUACAUGAAAAAUUCAAGAAUUUAUAAAAGAAAUUAUUUUGAGGAAAAAGAAAGUAAAUCUCAUUAGCUAAGUAGGAUACUUUCUAGACAAGCCAACUUUUUCCAACACUUUACUAGGAACAGUGCUAGAUAUAGGCAUGGUGGUGCUGAUGUUAUUUCAUGAAAUCACAUAACAGUGCUACAGCUAUUACAGAGUUCCAUCAGGACACUAGUAAGCUAGACUGAGUAGCAAAGAGCAUUAAAUCUAAAAUAGAAGAAACAUAAUAUUUAACUGAUUAUUGCCUGUUAAGACCACAACAGUGACUGACUGAAACAUUUAUUGUUUACUUAAAAUUUCUGAUGGAUAAACAGGCAUUAACGUACAUGCAAGUAACUUUUUAUAAUUUAUGUUUGCUUCAUUUUUUAACCAAGAAUGAAAAUAUCCAGAUAUUUUAUUUUGCCCGAGUUUCAUACUUUCUUAAUUCCUCCCCUAGUUGCAUCUCUAUUAUUUAAGGGGAAAAAAUAUCAAACCACCUUCAAGAAAACUUGUAAAUUACAUUUUUUGGCCAUAAUGUGGCAUGUAAGCUAAGGACUGUUGAGUCUGUUUAGUGGCUUAGAUUUCCUAACCUUCAUCUUUAAGGUUUAAAACACCAAGAGAAUAUUUCCCUUUGACAAAUGAAAAACCAAACACAAACAGAAAAACUAUAAUGAUAUCUAUAACUGAGGCUGAUCAGAAAAUGAGAUUCUAAAUAUGAAGCUAAAUAUUUUAGAACUUACCGUAAGAUAAAUUAUCACCUGCCAUAAUAUAAAUAUGAGGGUACCACAUUUAGAUAGCAUUUAAUGGGAAAUUAAAUAUGCAUCCAAAUGCACAUUUAAUGGGAAAUUAAAUAUGCAUCCAAAAGUUCAGAAAAAUCUUAAAAUCACUCUACAAUGGCUUAUAAUUUUCAAAAAAUGAAUGUUUAAUGUUUCUGGUAUAUUCAUACUAGCACUCUUCAGGUUAUCCUUCAAAAAUUGAAUAAUUACAGCAAAAUGAAAUUUGAUUCAGUACAGUCAACUAGAAUGCAAAUAUCUGUAUGCAUGUAUUUGCACAUACUUAUAUUUUUAUGGUUAAGGGAAAAUGCUGGGGUACCUCUCACAAUAUGUCAGAAUUAAGACCUAAUCAUUCCUAACAUAACUGUCCCUGAACAUUGCUAUUAAAUGAGAAUCUAGGCCAAUUCUCACUCCCUAUAAGCUUUGCAAAUUGCCACCAUCUCUGAUGUUACAGAAGGGGCACAUCUGAAGAAAACAUAACUAGCACAUAGAGAAAGAGCUUCACCAUUCUCUUACGGUAUGGCACAUCAUAGUGAUGUAGAAGUGUUGCCAAUGUCUACUCACUAUCUAUUCAGAUAUAUAGAAGCACACCUGAGUCUUGAAACUCACAAAAUAAUACACAAAGCUGCAUAUUACCAAGCUACUUGGAUAAAAGGAAUGCUAAGUAUAUAAGAAUCUUUCUUUAUAUGACAGAAAAACAUAUUUUAAAACACAAGUAGAAAGAGAUAUGGCAGGAAAUGAUUUAAAGCACAUAUUUCCCAGCAAAUGAGCUGAUACUGAGUAAGACAAAUUUUUCCUAAGUUUCCCAGUGUUUUGCUGGAAAGUAGUUUCAUGCUCAGUAUUCUAACUUACAGGAAAAGUUUAAUAUAUGUACUCUGUGAUAACCUCAUUCUAGACUUCAAAUUACCUGGGCAGUAUUCAUUUAAAAUCCUGUCUGCACUCAAAUUUUCUAAAUACUUACCAGUUCUAAGUAUUUUUUAUUUGUAUCAUCCAAUAAUAAACUCUAUAUUCUUGGAUGAUACUUUAGCAUUACUUAUUUAUUCCAAUGUGCUUAAUUCACUAUGUAAAUGAUUGAAUUAAGACCAAAAAAUUGGGAACUUCUAACACAAGUUUUAAAGUAAUAAAAUACCCAUGGUUGCAUUUUAAAGCUUAUGAAACAGAAUAUGCUAGCCUGAAAGAAGUCUUGGAUUUUACUCACCAGAUUUAAUUCACCAGAUAUUAACAAGUUUAUUCCUAUUAAUUUCCCAGAAAACCAUAGAAAAACAGAAGAAAACAUACCAUUUAUGAGUUUGUCAAACAUAAAAAGACAAAGAAGAGCACAUUUCUGACAAAGAGUAUUUAUUUUGUUUGUCCAGUUUAGUAAUGCCAUAAGAUUAAAAGAGAACUUGAUGUCUAUAUUUUACUUAAAAGAAAUAAUCACAAAUAAAUUGAUUUUCUGUUAUUUUUUUAACUCCACAGACUUUACAUUAACAGAUUCUACUUUCUUCUAGGUUAAAUGACUUCUUUUGGAAAUAAACGUAACUUGACUACAUUUUUUGUUACUUUUUUCUGGAAGCAUGUUAAAUAGAUCAAAUGAGAAAUCCUUGAAAUUACAUUUAAAGUGGACCAAAUUAAGAUUUCCACGGUAUUGAUUUACCCUUGAUGUAAUUUAUAAUGUGUAAACUGCCACUCAAAAUAAAAGUACAAUACAAGACAUUUAAUCAUUUGGCAGUCUUUUAGUUAUAGGUGAAUUACUGCACUGUUAUUUGAACUGAAGCAUCGCAUAAUAUAUAUAUGUAACAGAUUUUGUAUGAUAUGAAACUUUACAGCAAGCUAUUUGAAUGUUUAUUUAAAAAAUUCUCAAAAUGACAUGGAAACAUGUUAACUGUAUAAAUAAAAGCACUUCUACAUUAA